UGCCAUUGCUCGGUGUAAACUGCGUUGUGUUUGUUUCUAAAGUCGCAGUCUUAACUCCCACAAGAAAACAAAAUGUCCGACUUAGGUUCAGAUUACGAUGAAGAAGAUCAGGGUCCAUAUUUAGGGGAAUAUGAAGGUGAGAGGAAUGAGAAAGAAGAAAGGCACGGGAGAGGUAAAGCUACUCUUCCAAAUGGAGAUACCUAUGAUGGCUUGUAUGAACAUGGCAAGAGAGGUGGAAAUGGUGUGUACAGGUUUAAAAAUGGUGCAAGGUAUAUAGGUGAAUAUAGAGCAAAUAAAAAACAAGGCCAAGGCACAUUUAUUUAUCCAGAUGGAUCAAAGUAUGAAGGUAGUUGGGUAGAUGAUCAGCGGCAUGGCUAUGGCGUGUAUACAUAUGUCAAUGCAGAUACGUAUGAAGGUGAAUGGCAAAAUCAUCAAAAACACGGCCAAGGUGUUUACACAUAUAAAGAAACUGGAACAAAAUACGUUGGUACAUUUGUGAACGGUAGACGAGAAGGUGCAGGCGAAAUUAUUCAUCUUAAUCAUAAAUUUCAAGGCAAUUUCACAUCAGAUAAUCCUCAAGGUGUUGGUAAAUAUAUCUUUGAUAUUGGUUGUGAACAGCACGGUGAAUACAUUCCAAUAGAACAGCAACAAGGAGGAGAAACAGAAGAAGAGGAGCCAGUGACAGUAACAGUUCCCAAAUGGAAAGCUGGUAAAGUGACAGAGAUCACACUUAGUAUUCCAGGUGGAGAUGAGCAAGGACAAGAAGGAGAGGAAGGAAAAGAUGGAGAACAACCUGCAGCUGGUGAUGGUGAGGCAGCUGAUGGAGCGGAACAACCUGGAGAAGAUGGUGAAGUACCUGCAGCAACAGAAGGAGAAGGAAACGAGGCGGAAGAAGCGGAAGGAAAUGAUGAUGCACCUGCGGAUGAUGCGGCAGAAGAUGCAGGAGAGGAAGGAGAUUAAACAUUCAUGGAAACAACUCUUGUCUUAUUUAUCUCCCAUUAACUUUUAUUCUUGUACAAACUCUUCUCAUGUCAGCAAACAAGACACUAUUACUUCUCGUCCCAUUUUGUACAAAAUCUUCUUAUAUGUUCCUUUUUAAUUUUUUUUUUAUUCCACUAAAAGAUAAAAUACUGUCUUUUAAGAUUCAAAAUAUAAUUUUCAUUAUUUUAAAGUAGAAAGAUAGUUUUUAUUUUUAUUAAUCAUUAUGUUUGUAAUAUACUUUGAUGUUACAUUUGAAAUAAAGAUUUUUUUAAAUUAAAAUU